AUGAUGUCGACGGGGUCUAAUAAGACUACAUCAUUUCAAUCAAUAGGUAUUGAUGAAACUGCUGUGAUUUUCAUUAUCAGCACCAUCUCAAGUACGGGGUUUCUCGAGAGCAUUACAUUACAUGCAAUAAAAAUAUUUUCUUCGACAUUAAUAAAUCAAGUAACAACAACUUCAAUUAAAACAACUGAUAUUCUUUCGAAUACAACAAAAACGACAACAUCACAAUCACCAAUGAUGAAAGAAGAUAAUGCUAGUCUUAUCUCUGAAUAA